AAAUCAGCGUCAAAUGCGUGCAAAUCCUGCGGGGCUGAGUUGAUAGCGCUCGAGGAAGAGCCCCGUGAUGUGGUUUUUGGUGUGGGGGAGGAUAGCGAGCUACCAGCCAGAUAAACACUCCGCGUUGGUUUGCACAGCGGGAGUAACAUGGCGGCACAGUUAGCCAGCAGAAAUGUUGUUUCACUACCGCGAAGGUCAGAGCGGCGUCUGAAAAACGGGAUUUAACGGGCGAGGAGGCGGCGGAAAAGUAUUAUAUCCAGGGAGGCGUGGAGGAUGCUUAAAGGUUUCCCGGCAGCGAUGGCCUGAGGGACUCUCUGGACUGAAACCAAGACGCUGAUAUGCAUUGAGGAUGAGUGGAGUCGGUGAAAACCCAUCUGACCCUGCCAGGGCAGAGUCACGAAAACGCAAAGAAUGUUCUGCCGAACUUCUGGGACCCAGUCCAAAACGGAGCAACGAGAAGCGCAACCGCGAGCACGAGAACAAAUACAUCGAGGAGCUUGCCGAGCUGAUCUUUGCCAACUUCAACGACAUCGAUAACUUCAACGUCAAGCCCGACAAAUGUGCAAUCCUGAAGGAAACUGUGAAGCAGAUCAGACAAAUAAAGGAGCAAGAAAAGGCGGCGGCGGCGAACGAGGAGGAGGUUCAGAAGGCUGACGUCUCGUCAACGGGCCAGAGUGUGAUUGACAAAGAUGCCUUGGGACCGAUGAUGCUGGAGGCCCUGGACGGCUUCUUCUUCGUGGUGAACAUGGAGGGCAACAUCGUGUUUGUGUCUGAAAAUGUGACCCAGUACCUGCGCUACAACCAGGAGGAGCUAAUGAACACCAGUGUCUACAGCGUGCUGCACGUCGGGGAUCACGCCGAGUUCAUCAAGAACCUGCUGCCCAAAUCCCUCGUGAACGGCGUCCCGUGGUCCAGCGAGGGUCCAAGGAGGAACAGUCACACGUUCAACUGCCGGAUGCUGGUCAACCCCCACGGCGACAACCAGGACGAGCUGCACGAGCCUCAGCAGCAGAAAUACGAGACCAUGCAGUGCUUCGCCGUUUCUGAGCCCAAGUCCAUCAAGGAGGAGGGAGACGACUUUCAGUCGUGCCUGAUCUGCGUGGCUCGCAGGGUGCCGAUGAAGGAGAGACCCAUGCAUCCCACGCACGAGAGCUUCACCACACGCCAAGACCUACAAGGCAAGAUAACGUCCCUGGAUACCAGUCUGCUUCGGGCGUCCAUGAAGCCGGGCUGGGAGGAUCUGGUGAGGCGCUGCAUCCAGAGGUUCCACCUACAGAACGACGGGGAGAUGUCUUUCGCCAAGAGACAUCAGCAGGAAGUGCUCCGCCAUGGCCAGGCAUUCAGCCCCAUCUACCGGUUCUCCCUCUCGGACGGAACCAUCGUCUCGGCCCACACUAAGAGCAAGCUUGUGCGCUCGCCCGCCACCAACGAACCCCAGCUCUACAUGUCCCUGCACAUUCUCCAGAGAGAGCAGACGGUAUGUGGAAUGGGCCAGGACAUGGGCCCCGGCAGUCAGGCCACAGGGAUGGCCCCCAAACCGAUGAACUCCUCCACUCCCUCCAUGACUCCUCCGACCCCGGGCAGUUUGCCCGGUUCAGGGCCCCAGGGCCAAGACACUACCAUCAGCGGCAACAGCACGCCCUUUUCCCCUCAAGGCCCUGCCGGUCCCAGAGAACCAGCAGCCAUGGGGGGUCAUAUGCAGGGGUACCGUUUUGGCUGUCCCCCACCGCAUAUCCACACCGGGGGCAUGCAACCCCCACAGCAGGGCCCCAACUGGAGGAUGAACAGCCCGUCUCGCGCCAGCCCCAGCCCGGCCGGAGGGCCGCAUCCUCCCCAACAGAACUCUAUGCUGUCGCCCAGGCACCGAGGCAGUCCAGGGGGGGCGGGCAGCCCUCGUGUGGCGGGAGGCCUCCACUCACCCUCCCCGGUGGGGAUGUGCGGUGGAGGCCCCGGAGGUGCGUGUGGCAGCGGCGCGGCUAGCACCCACGCUAACAGCUACACAAGCAGUUCUCUGUCAGCUCUGCAGGCCCUGAGUGAGUGUCACGGCGUGGGACACGGGGCCCCUCACGCACACGCACUAGGGUCUCCUGACCGAAAGAUCGGCUCCCCAGUCGGGGUCACGCAAGGGUCAGGGGUGAACACUCUUCUGAUGUCAAAACUCGGGGGAGGCGGCGGUACCGGCGGCGGCGCAGCAGACUCGUUCAGACCCCACGCCGAGGUCGGUCAGGGCCAGACGGAGAGUAACCUAGCUGAGCCCAAGGAGGAGCGAGAGGGGCCCCCUGAGGGCCACGACUCUCACAGUCGUCUUCACGACAACAAGGGCCACACCAAGCUACUGCAACUGCUCACCACUAAGCCGGAGCCUCUGGAGACGCCCCUGUCGCCCAGCGCUGGAGGUGAGGGCAAGGACCAGGCGGGGGCCGGGGUCCGGGGCGUGCUGGCCGGAGUGAACACUCACGCCACGUCCCUCAAGGACAAACACAAGAUCCUCCACCAACUGCUCCAGAACAGUACUUCUCCAGUCGACCUGGCCAAACUCACUGCGGAGGCCACGGGCAAAGAGCUGGGCCAAGACCCGACCCAAGGCGCCGGGGGUCCGGCUUCCGGGGCCGAGCUUUCUCUCAAGCAGGAGCCGUUGAGCCCGAAAAAGAAGGACAACGCCCUGCUGCGCUACCUACUGGACAAAGACGACACUGGACUGAAGGACAAGGUUCCAAAGCUAGAGCCUGGGGAGGUGAAGGUCGAAGGGGGCAAACACCCUCUUGUCAAGACUGAGAAACAGGACACGGGAUACGACCGGGCCGAACAGUCGUCGGAGCUGGACGACAUCCUGAACGAUCUGCAGAAUGCUCAGCCGCAGCUCUUCUGUGAGCCGCGGCCCGUUUCGUUGCCCAGUCCCAUGGACAAGCAGAACAUCAUCAACGACAUCCUGCAGAUGUCCGAGACCAAUCCCGCCAUGGCGGCGCAGCAGCAGCAUCAGCACAGGGGCAUCGGGACUGGCAUGGGCCCAACGAACUUUGCAGGGGUCCGACCGGGCCAGCCGAGCCGAGGUCUGCCCGUGAGAAGCGUGUCCCUGGACAUGAACGUGUCCCCCCAGCAGCCCUCAUUACAGUACCCCAUAAGGGCCACAAGCCCGUACACUCUGAUGCAGCAGCAACAACAGCACGGCAUGGUGGGAAGUCACGGCAUGAUGGCUAACCAGGCCGGUAUGGUCAGCCCAGGAAUGAUGGCUCAGGGAGGUCCGCGGCCGGGCAUGCAGCAGCAGCAGCAGCAGCAGGAGGGCUGGGUGGGUUCGGCAUCCGCGUCGCCUCUGGGAGCGUCCGGCCCCGGACAGCAAGGUCCCAUGCAAGGCAGGAUGGGGCCUAACGGGGCUCCCAUGAGACCCAACGGCCAGCUGGGGGCCCGGCCGAUGCUGCAGUCCCCCAUGAUGGCCGGAGCCCAAUCCGAUAUGGACAUCGGUAUGGUCAGCCACCAUUUCACCCAGCAACAGGCGCCACCCAACCAGACGGCCCCGUGGCCAGACAGCAUGAUGCCCAUCGACAAGACGGCUUUCGUGAACCAGACCAGGCCGGUGCACUCGGCGCAGCAGGACGAGUUGCUGUGUGGCACGGGCCACAGCUCUGGGGACGGCGGCGCCGUGGACGAGGGGGCCUUGAUGUCCCAGCUGUACACUGCACUGAAAGAUUUUGAUGGCCUGGAGGAGAUCGAUCGUGCUUUGGGGAUUCCUGCUCUGGUAGAACAGAAUCAAUCAAUGGAGCCGGACCAGUUCCCUCAGGACCCCUCCAUGAUAAUAGACCAAAAGCCCCCCAUGUACACCCAGCAAUUUGUUCCCCCCCCCUCCCACAUGGCCCAGAGGGGCUACCCCGGGGCCCCCAUGCAAGAACCAGGCUUCCACCCCAUGUCUGGCCAGAUGGGCCCGCGGCCGGGUUACCCCAUGAUGAGGAUGCAGGCCCGGCCCGGUCUCCGGCCCUCUGGGGUCGUCCCCAACCAGCCCAACGCACUACGACUGCAGCUCCAGCACCGCCUGCAGUCCCAGCAGAACCGUCAGCCAAUGAUGAGUCAGAUGAGUGGUGUGUCAAAUGUGAACCUACCUCUUAGAGCCAGUGCUCCAAACCAGGGCACCAUCAAUGCCCAGAUGUUGGCGCAGCGUCAGCGGGAGCUACUCAGUAAUCACCUGAGGCAGAGGCAGCAGCAGCAGCAGGUCCAGCAGCAGAGGAGCAUGGCCAUGAGGGCGCAGGGUCUCAGCCUGCCUCCCAACAUGGCCGCCGGAGGCAUGAGUAACCCCCGGAUCCCCCAGGCCAACCCUCAGCAGUUCCCCUACCCGCCCAGCUACGGUAUGAGCCAACAGGCGGACGGAGGCUUCGGGGGUCCGGGCGCACCACAGAGCCCCCUGCUUUCUCCUCGCAUGGCCCACACGCAGUCCCCCAUGAUGCAGCAGAGCCAAGGAAACGCUGCUUUCCAGGGCUCCUCAGACAUGAACGGCUGGCCACAAGGCAACGGCAUGUUCCCACAGCAGCAGGCGUCGCCGCAGUUCCCCCAGCAGAGCAACAGCAACAUGUACAACGGGAACGCCAUGAACCUCAACAACGUCAACAUGGCCACCAGCAGCAUGGGCCAGAUGGCCGGCCAGAUGAGUGUCACGUCCAUGGCCUCGGGGCCCUCGCCCAGCCUGCCCUCCAUGGGCCAAGAACAGAAAUACUGUUGACCCCCGUGGAGUCCUGAACCUCACUGAUCAGCCGGAGCAAGGAGCGCGUCGGCCCUUUAAGAAAAAAUUGUACAAACGUGUAACCAACCGACUGCCCCCUUGAAACCAGCCCGGCAGGGGCCCACGAACCUUUUCUCCCAGAGCCCCGCGUUCUGCCGUCUGUCCCAGCCGACCCCGACCCCACCACCCCACCACCCCACCACCCCUCGCCCCCCGGGAAAGAGGCCGGCCCCCCACGAACAGACAAGGGAGAGAGCGGAGCAGUUCCGGGGUAAGGCUGGUGGAUGCCCGAUGCUCCUGGAGGGGGGAGGGCCUUCGUGAUGAGCCAGGUCUGUCUGCCUGUCCAGCUGCAUUCACCGUAGUGUGACUUACUGUAGGCCUCCCGCUGGGGGACACCAACCUGGACGGGGGCCGGGGGGAGGGCAGCGAUGGUUGGGAUCCCUUGUUCUGAUGAUGAAUGUAUUCCUCCCAGUGGACAGCGGCCAUUUACAAUCUCAUCUCAAAAAAAUGACGUUCACCGAUUCUUCUUUUGUGACCUUUCUUUCUCACACAUUUGUGACAUUUCCACCUGGUUCCGAAGUGGCAGCAAAGACUCCAACGUUAUGUUCAAAUUCAUGCACGGAGCUCAAAAACUUGCCGGUUUUGCCUUUUUGCUGUUCUUUAUUUUAUUAUUAUUUUAGUUUUUGUUGGGGGUUUUUCGUAUUGUUGUGAGAAUUAAGAUGUAGAAUGAAGAAAUGGUUUAAAAAGAAGAAAAAAAAACACUGCAGAAGAAUGGUUUGAGUGGAAUGAUGAUUUGUAUGAUUAGACUAAUUUAGUCAAGAGGUUUAUAUAGUGUAUUAAAUUAAGUUUUAUUUUUCUGUAUAGAUUCAUUUUAAUUAUUAUAGAUGAUUGUUUAUCCAAGUAGCAACGAGAAAAAAAGAUUUCUAAAAGUGAAAGACACUUUUUUUAUAAUUUUAACAGUAAUGGUUGUAUUCUUUCUGAGAAUAUUCUUCUAUUGGAUUAUACUUUUGGUCCUUUUUAGUUUCAGAAGAUGAUCUCCAAAUCAUAUGUGGUUUAAAAAUGAAUUUCAGAGAUUGUACAUACCAAUAAGUAAAACCUUGUCUUUCCUAUUUAUUUUAUUCCUUCGGGUUUGGUUCCCCCGUCUGGUCACAACUGCCUCUCGAAGCAGGGAUGGUUUUUUUCUUUUUUUGGGGGGGGGGGGAGUGGAGCGGAAGGCUUUACAAUCUGACUUUCUGGUACGAUGCAGACGGGUGAAGGGGUCGUUGUCGGGUUAUUAAAGGGGGGGGGGGGGGGUGCUGUGUAUACAGUGUACAGAUUAUUGCUUGCUUCUCUGCCUUUAGCAUAGAAAACCAGAAAAAUAGAAUAAGAAAAAAAAAAAACAUACAAGUUCAACACAGCCAUACAACAACUAUAAAAAAAUAACAAGUGUGCUUUCUAUGUCGUCUGGAGUGGAAAAUGCUUCAUACAAGCUGCUAGGUGCAAACUGUUCCGGUGUGAUGUAAACAAGCAAUAACAAUUACUUGAGAAUCUCUUGGGUUUUUUUUUUUUUUGGUCUUUUUUUUGUAAUUUUUGUACAGUUUCCUGAAUAAAAAGGACACUUUUUUGCUCCAAGUUUGGAUGCAGUAUUAAACACAGUUUUUUAUUGCAGUUUGUACCAGGAAAGUCCACAUCCAUCCACACGCAGCGUUCCUAACAAUAGAUUAUGCAGCAUUGGCUGAGGCCUGCAGAGGGAGGUCGUUUUGUGAUUCCCCUUGUUGACCCUCUCCGCCUCCAGCCGCUCCUCUGUCGCAGAGGUCAGAGUUGAGACCGCUCAGUCCAUGAGACCUGCUCUGACGGACAUUUAGCCAUAUUUAAUGACCUCAGGCACUUGGAUCCACGAUAAAGUGUUCAGCGAUGACUUGGCUGCUCUUGUGCCCCUGUUCAGGGGGGUUUCGGUUUGACCGUCACAAGAUUUAAAAGCAAGUCAUCUUCUCUAACCUCAAAAGUACAUUUUCCUCAACAACAACAACAACAAAAAAAAAGCAUUUUUAUAACUUUUAACCCAGGACAAACUUGGAGCAAGCCAAAUAUUUCUCACCUUUUUCAAUUGGAUUUCUGAAUUCUACCAGCUUUUACUUUCACGGUUGUGACGACCUGUUGGUCGGCGCGCUUCGUGGUCCACUCAAAACAAAAAAGAAUUUUAAGAUGAUGUCACUUAACGGGGUCCUGAUGUAGACGUUGCAGCAUAGAAACGGGAAGAGUAUCAUUGUGAAUGUAUCGUCGUGGAAGGCCUAAGGAUGUGACUGGUGGCGUUCCAGAUGUGCGCUGCUCGUCUCGGCGUUUAGCUUAAGGACGUUGCCGUGUUGUUGCUUCUUUUUGCUCCUCAUGUAAAAGGAAAUUGGAAGCUGUAAGCCAACUUCGCGACAGGCGUCUGCGUUAAUGUUGCGGUUGUCAUCACUGCAGAUGUUCUGCAGUUGUCUUUGUUUGGGCCCAAUAGAGAUUUUUUUCUUUUGUUGAUAAACGCUGUUUUGAUUGUAUCAUUCAGUUGUGCAGAACAAGCCUUUUUGAGCCAUUUUCAAUGAUUCACAGCCCUCUGCAAAUUUCCAAAGAUUGUCAAGAUUUUGAAAAGAUUUAAAGCCAUGUGGUAGCAAUGCAUUUUUUAGCAUUUAUAAUGAGGACAGGAGCAAAUACAUGAAUUUGCCCACUACAAAUAUCCAGGCUUUUGACCCACUAAACAAAAAACUAUUUUUUUUUCCUUAACUUUAAACUUUAAAUGCCCUUUUGUAUUGUCUGCCAAUUUCUUAGAGCUAAGAUGCAACCUUGAAAUGCUAAAAACCCUAGCAUAAUGCCUUAGAUUUUGUCUGUUUUCCUUCUUGUACAUUACACCGCUGUCUGUAUAAAUUUGUGUAAUGACUUGUGUACAAUAUUGAAUGAGUGCAUCAUCUCUCAAGGCUUCUCAGUUUGCUGGAGACUCUGUCCCAGUUGAACUGUCCCUCACCAUCGUUCUGUGUUGGGUUGAAGAUGCUGUUAUUUCAUUUCCCUCCCUCACUGUUUGUAUGGAAAUGAUGAUGCAUAGGGAUGUUGAAGCAAUAUGUAAUAUACUACAUGGACUUUCUGAGGAAAGCUUAGCGUUGUUUUCCCCCUGCCCAGAUAUAUUUUUUUCUGCAUUUUUCACAGGAAUCACACUGUAUACCUGCAUUCACCUUUGAACCCCGUGUGUGUGCGUGUGCGUGCGUGCGUGCGUGCGUGCGUGUGUGUGUGUGUGUGAGCAUUUUAUGCAAAAUUAGAUAUACAAGAGAAGUUAAAACCACAGUUAUGCAAGUUGUGAACUAAUAUGGCUUCGCUGAUGCUAUUUGCCUUGUAAAUAAAGAAUUCUGUUAUUGCAGUAUUUAA